AUGGCGCUGGACGAGUCAUUCAAGAGGCCGGGCACCAUCCCGUUCAAGUGGGAGCUCCAGCCUGGCGUCCCCAAGCAGCAGCAGCAGCAGCAACCAUCACCCCGUCACCACGGCGAAGGCAGCGGCGGCGCCACCACCGGAAGCAGUAGUACUUCUUCUCCGGCGCCGGCGUCGCUUCUGCUCCCACCGAGGCUCGCGCUUCCUCCUCGCGCUCACGACACCGGCCGCGCGAGUAGCCUCGCCUCGACGGCGCCGUCGCCGUCGCCGCGUUCGUCUCACCGGCGGUCCAUGUCUGCGCGGUUCACGGCGUCUCUGGUGCUGCCGUUCACGCGGCCGCGGCGAGGACGGUCCAGGGACGAGGCCGACAUAACCUUCACGGUGCUGUACGGCGACAAGAUCGCGUAA